AUCGACCGAGUAAUUCACGUGUGAAACCCUGUGAACUGAUAACCAGUCGUGUCUAAGUGUGGACGUAUUUUAAUUCCCCCCGAGAAAUUAUAAGUUUAUUUAUAAAAGUUUGUGUGUUAGAAAUAUGUGUAAAUAUUAUGAAAGUUGUGCUGAUUCUGCUGAAGUGUUAAUCAAUCAGAAAGUGACAAUGAAAGUAAGAAAACUUUGAUAGCAAAUGGAAACGGACAUUGAGCAAUUAAUGCGAAAUGUUAUUUGAGGAGGCUAUUAAUAGUUGGACUUUACAAAUUAGUACAUUUUUAGAUCAUAGAAAAGUAGGAGCUGAUUUUAAAAACAAUGAAGUAAUUGACGAUUUAAUGAAAAAGAAAUUUAUACGCAAUGAGAGCGAUGCAUUUGUUGGAUAUUUGCUAUUGUUUUGGUCAUUGUUGUUCUUAAUCUAUAAGAAAUGGUUCAAUAAAUUACUGCGCCACAAGUGUUUUCCUUUGAUACAAAGAAACCGAAUUAUUAAUACAAUAUGGGACUGUAUAUUUUGUAUUAUAACUGUAAAUUAUUUAUUCUUCAUCUUUUUUCAAUCGUUGAAAUAUUCAACUCUUCCGAAUAUUAACAAAUUUAUUGCUUUCUUGUAUAAAAGUUUUUAUAUUCAUCAAACUGGAGUAAAUAUUUUUAUUUUUGGAUCAUGGAUGAAAGGAUGCAGUACAUUAUUAUUCGCUUUUUUUGUCUUUCAUCCUUAUUCAGAAAGACUCGAUCCAGCAGUGUUUCUUCUCUUAUUUUUAAAAAUUCUAGAUGCAACUAUUUUAGCAGUGUGUCGUCUCAUUUUAUGCCUUUGGAAUAGGCAAAUACACUUAAUAUUUAUGAAAAUGUUAUUCAUUUGUCAUUGUCUCACCUGGAGUUAUCUUUACAUAUAUUUUGUACCAAAAUAUAUUUUAUUGGGAAGCAAUAAUAAAAAUCCGACGGAAAAAUUUCUAAUAUGGAUGUGGUAUUUUUCUGAGUGUUUAAAUUCGGUGUGGUUGAAACUAUUCGAAGGUUUUGAUGCCUAUUUUUUCCCUCCACUGUCAAAAGAAUCAAUUGACUUUGUAAAUAGAAUAAAGGAACAGAAGGCCUUAUUAAAAAAGCAACCGAAUGUACAAAGAAGGAAAAAAGCUGAACUUUUGAAAACUGUCACUUGUGUUAUGUCUGUAAAAAAGAAAUUGAAAAGAAUGAGAAAAGCGAAGGAAGCUAAACUUGGCAUUCAAUCGUACAUUGAAGAUGAUAAAGUUGAUACUGAGGAGAAAACACCUAAGAAAGAAGAAAUAAUGCAAUCAUUGUUAUGUGCAAUGGCAGUUAGGAAAGAAAUUCAAAAAUUAAGAAGGGAGAAACGAAAUAAUUUGGAUUCAGAAAGUGCAAUUUUAAAUGAUACUGAAAAUACUGAUGACUGUGAAAUUAGUGAAAUUGAUGAUAAAAGUGAUAACGAUAUUUUUGAUGUAGAAUCUAUUGAAUCACAGGAGACAAGUGUCUGAAUUAACGAAAGUUAAUUAGUGCCUAAAUUAUGUUCCUUCUUUGCUGUAUAAAUUUGAAAAACGAAUUAAAAUCAAAAAUAUUCCUAUUUUUCACUUA